AGGACAACAGCCAAUGCAGCAUGUUCAAGCUGCCCCCCUACUGGGCGGCCCAUGAGCCUGUCGAUAUGGUGGUUUGAUGUUGGAUGGAAAAUAAGAACCCCCCACAACAAACAGAGAGGGCUGGAACAGAGAGACUGGAACAGAGAAGAGAGGGUAGAAAGGGAACCAUCGACAGAUGGACUCUGUUGUGAUUAAAGAUGGCGGCAGUCUUUACUGCAGACUACGAAGGACUAAACUCGAUCCAUAGAAAAGCGGUGGGAGUAGUCUGCGAUUCAAUACAACAAAACCAAGAACGACACAAUAAGGAACAAAUGGAUGGAAAAGACAAUCUAUUAUGGCGACAUUCUGCUUUGGCCAGGCCUUCUCGGGUCAAGGUGAUGAGAGGGACGCUACCAUUACUGCAGCCCCAUGUGUUAAAUAAUCGUGCAAUGGAAUUCCCAGUAAAUGGAUAUACUGCUGGAGGAUGUGUGAGGAACACAAUUAAACUCAAGGAGUUCUUUUGCAGUGGCAUAAGUAGAGGUCUGGAUCUACUAGUUGUGCAGUGUGGGCUCUACGGGGACGUGGUUUAUGGAUGCUGGGACUAUGAGCAUAAGCGACAAAAGGGACUACUUAGCAGACCUGGGAGGCAGCUUCACUGAGGAUGCUCCGAGACCUCCAGUCCCAGGGGAAGAAGGUCAGCUGGUGUGCAGUGAUGGACGCCAGUACAGCAACCUCGGCUUCUCCUCAAAGAACGAGAGCCUCAAAUGUGAGGCGUCUGUGGCUACACCCAGGCGACCUGACUUGGACUUGGGUUAUGAGCCGGAGGGAAGUGCUUCCCCUACACCACCCUACUUAAAGUGGGCAGAAUCUCUUCACUCCCUCCUGGAUGAUCAAGAUGGCAUCCAUCUGUUUAGGACGUUCCUCAAGCAGGAGGGGUGUGCAGAUUUGUUGGACUUCUGGUUUGCGUGCAGUGGCUUCCGCAAACUUGAAGCUAAUGAGGGUAAUGAGGAGAAGAAGGUCAAACUGGCAAAAGCUAUCUAUAAGAAAUACAUCCUGGACAACAAUGGGAUUGUUUCAAGACAAAUUAAACCAGCUACCAAGUCCUUCAUCAAAGACAGUGUCAUGAAGCUUCACAUUGAUCCUGCAAUGUUUGACCAGGCUCAAACUGAGAUACAGACUAUGAUAGAGGAGAACACCUAUCCCUUAUUUCUUAAGUCUGACAUAUAUUUGGAAUAUACUCGGACAGGAGGAGAGAGCCCUAAGCUGUACAGCGAUCGGAGCUCUGUUUCUGGGAACGGAAACGGGCUGUCCGGUUAUUUACCGACUUUAAAUGAAGAUGAGGAGUGGAGAUGUGACCAGGAGCCGGAGGAGCAGCCCGAGUGUGACCCCACACCGAGCAACCGGCUCACUCAGAAGCUGCUAAUGGAGACGGCCCCACAUCGCGUUACCAACAGCGCAAGAUUACAGGACACUCACGAGUACAGGCAUGCACCAUGUCGGGAGCCCAUCAACCCGUACUACGUCAACACCGGUUAUGCUAUGGCUCCUGCAACCAGCGCCAAUGAUAGUGAGCAGCAGAGUAUGUCCAGCGACACAGACACGAUUUCCCUUACCGACAGCAGUGUAGAUGGGGUUCCACCCUACAGAUACCGCAAACAGCAUCGCCGGGAGAUGCACGAAAGUGCCAAAGCAAAUGGGCGAGUGCCACUACUUCAUAUUCCACGCACAAAUCGGAUUCCAAAAGAUAUACACGUGGAGCCAGAAAGGUUUGCUGCAGAGCUGAUCAGCAGACUGGAGGGCGUACUGAAGGAGAGGGAGGCUCAAGAGAAGCUAGAGGAGCGACUGAAGAGAGUGCAAUUGGAAGAGGAAGGUGAUGAAAUCAUGCCCACAGCCACAGCAUUAUCCAGUCACAGGUUCCCCCCUGGUGCUUAUCUGCAGAAUUACAACUCGCGCUAUGCUGACAACACAUACAGCGGUUGUAUUCUGAGUGAUGCUCAUGAGGAGAACCCCGAGAGCAUCCUGGACGACCACGUCCAGCGGGUCAUGAAGACUCCCGCGAGCCAGUCACCAGGCACAGGCCGUCACUCUCCCAAGUCACGCUCACCAGACGCUGUCCCAGGGGGCAAAGGGACAGGACUUGGAACAGCGCAGGUUAAACAUUCAUCCAGGCACGGUCUCAAGGGAGACACCAGCCACCUGUACCACUACAAACAUGCGCACCACAUCCACCACGCAGGCGUCGGCAAGCCCAAAGAGCAGGCAGAAGCUGAGGCGGCCCUUCGUGUACACAGUAGCGUGCCAUGGAGCACAGAGACAAGUCAUUACGGAUCAAAGUCUCGAACCUACGCAGAUGGCAUGGGAUCCAACCCCAUGGAGCAUACAGGGUAUAGUAGCAAAGGUGGCACGCAGUUUAAAAGGGCGUUCAAGAAAGGUGAGGAAGUGCGGCCUCAUGACAUGCCAGCACCUGCAGAGGAGAUGGAGAAAAACCAGAAGAUCCUUUUGUGGCUAAUGGAAGGACAGAAAGAAAUGGUUCAACAUAAGAGGAGCCCAUAUGGGAGUACGACUGUGUCCAAGAGGACCACAGGCCAUGAGGCUCAACUGCGGAACAACGUGCAGCCGUCUCACCCUUUCAUCCAGGAUCCCACCAUGCCCCCAAAUCCAGCUCCCAGCCCCCUCAUCCAGCUGGAGGAGGUGCGCCGACGGCUUGAGGAGGAGAAGAUUAAGUCUGGAACUGUACAACUUAAGCAAAGGUAUGUGAUGGAGGUAAUCCAGAGGGGUCGUACUGCAGUCAGGCCUGCCCUGUUCCCUCCGCUCAGCGUGGUGCCCGCCGUCUCUGACAGCGAGCUCUCCCAGCCUGAACACAAAGCCACUAAAAAGCAGCCAUGUGAAAACAUUACUGUGGCGUAUUACUUCUGUGAGGAGCUGAUACCGUACAGGACGUCUGUCAAAGGGAGGGUCGUCACUCUGCGCCAGUUCACAGAACUGCUAACAAAGAAAGGAAAUUACAGGUAUUAUUUCAAGAAGGUAAGCGACGAGUUUGACUGUGGGGUGGUGUUUGAAGAGGUACGUGAAGAUGAUGCUAUCUUGCCCAUCUUUGAGGAGAAGAUUAUCGGGAAAGUCGAAAAAAUUGAUUGAAGGUCAUGUUGAAGAGGAAGGAGUGCAAAAGGGGCAUCGUGUGACGGGCCGAGAAGCGAUUGGAUGGUGAAGUGGAAGUGUUUUAGGAUUGUAACCGGUGGAGCGCAGAAGAAAGUAGUACAGUAGAAGUGGAUCUAAAGUUGAAGAGCAAAGCAUUGUUCACGGAAGACCGCUUGUGACAUUUGAGGCUCGGAAGCACCACUGCAGUGACAUUGGACUGGAAGAAGAAAAAAAAGACCUCAUUCACUUCUUUGAAGUGUAAUGUAUUGUUAAGUUUACUAGAUAAAUACAGAACAAAAGUGCUACUAAAGCUUCAUAUUUUUGAUAUGAUGUAUCAGAGGAUGUCCUUUUUAAAGUAACCACACUUGAAAUGUUGUUUGUAUUGGUACCAGAUGUGUACAGUUUUUGUUAAAAGAUAACAAAAUUGUAUACAUAUUUAAGUAUUUAAAAUGCUCAUUUUCAAUCAAUUUCCUCCCCUGUUGAAGACGAUCAAAAUCCUUUUUAGGGCUGAUGUUUUUCAUUGUACGAGCCCUCUGGACUCUAAUGUUUGUGCCCUUUAUAGUGCUUUUAACACAUCACUUACCAGUACUUUAUUUUGUGGCAUUCAGUCAGGCGGCACUUUCAUUGUAUUAUAUACCACUGACUAUGUCUCACUGUAGGCUGCAACAUUAAUUUCUAUGAGUGACCCUAAUAGAAACCCGGUUCAGUGUACUGCAAUCCAGCACAACAGCCCGGUGUUGUAGAAAAGUACUUAAGAAGAUAAUGACGAUUUUAUAAACUGCUAGAGAGAAUUCAUGACCUUAUUUUACGCUCAUACUUUGAGGUGGUGUUGUUAUAUUGAUAUGAAGAACCACGUUUUGUGAAGUUAUUAUUUAUUGUAGGGCUGUUUUAUUGGGUUGCAUUACUGCAUGUUGUACAGGGUGUUUUAUUUUUCUGGUAAUUUGGUGUAAACUGCAUGUGAAUGUAGCCGCUGGCUGCGUUUAUGUACAGUCUUCUGCUGCAUUGUUUUUACUCAACCCAGCUGAAGUUUUAAGAAGAUGCCUAACAAAAUAACAUAGUAGAUGCAAUAAAACUGUAAAAAAAAAAAAGAUAUGAUUGGAAAGCUAAGGUGAAUAUCUAUGCAAGUUGAUUUCCCAAAUCCAAAAACUACAUUGGGUGUUAAUAUUAAUUAACACAGUAAAUAACUUGGAAACAUAGGUUACUCUUUACUUGAAGGUAUCUACAUCAGAGUGACAUGACACUGUCAUAAAUGUGUCAUAAACAUCAUAAACAAGUCCAAAAUGUUCAUAUCAUAUCUCUUCUUUUAGUAAGUGUCAUUCGGUUUUAUCAUGACAAGGUAUGGGUAUAGUUAGGGUUCAUGUGUCAUGGCUGUGUCAUGACAGUAUCAUGUGUUCAUGACAGUGUCAUGUCACUCUUACUUCAAGUAAAAUGCUACAGAAAAAUUAGAGGCUACCUGUAAGAACAGUCGUGCUAUUAAAAGCGUUUGUUUAGAUGAUACUUUUCAGUUGGGUAGAGGCUAACAAGCCUUUUGGACGCCAGUAGGCAGAUUCUUUUUUAAAUUAUUUCCAGUUUAACACUGAAUGACGUGGUUUGGGGUUCAGUUUCUAAAGUCAAGUACUGCUUUCAGCUUUCGAGGUUAUUGUUGUUUGUGAAACAGAAGUGUUCCCACCUGUAGACUUGCACCUUGGACCUGUUCAACGGAGAUCGUAUCACAGCAUUUGAAUGAGAAGGCCAGUGAAUGUCAUUAGGAUACUAUCAAAUGUUGAUUAUGUUUGUGCAAUGAAGGUCACAUAAAAGCAUAUUUAAGUGCUCUACCAUUUUUACAGACUGUGGAGAGGAAGGCUAACAGACACUGAAAUGUUGCGUUUUCUUUAUUUUUAUUUUUUCCAGCUUCAAGGUUUGUACUUGUUAAUUUCUGUGAACCCCAAGACUUAUCAUCUCAAACUUUUAAUCUCAUCUUAAUUAGAUCUAUCAGUUGGGAAGGGACUGGUCUCUAAUCUAUAGACUUCUAUAGCUUACCGCAGCUACAUCUUGUGCCUGGCAGGAAUUCAUUGUUUAGUGCAAAUGAUCUACUUUUGAUAGAUCACAUUAUGCCAAAGAGAAAACAAAUUAGACGGUAGGUACUGUAGGCACGCUCUUGAUAUUCCCCUUCAUUUGGUGGCAGCACUUAUUAUCCGAUAUCCAUGUUAUUAAUUAUUUUAUAUUAAAACAUUGACACUCUUUUGUGGAAGACCAGAAUGUUCUUUGCAAUAGAUGAGGUGUGUAUGAUUGUAGUUUUUUUAAUGUGUCUUGUCAUGAACAUCAACUUUGAAAGUAGCACAUUCAUAUGGAACUACAUGAAGCUUGCGGGACAUUUAGACUUUUUAUUUUUAUUGCAACACUGAAAUGCCAAUUUAUCUUUCUUGUCCCCUCUGUUUGCACGGGAAUAGCACAAAGCGAAAAUAAAACCACAAAUCAUUCUGGGGAAGAAUCAUGCCAGUAAAGUGAUGAAAAAAACCCUAUUAUGAAAAAAACCUUCUGGUAUUUUGGUGUAUUUUGAGUCUCUGGUGCUACCACACACACUAAAACUUGGAACAAAAACUAUCCAUGUUGUUUUGAGCUAGUUACAAGUUUCUGAAUGUCCUCUGCCUUCAGUCUCCGGGUGAGCUGUUCAAAAUCUGCACGGCUUUCUACGUCACUAGACAAGACGAGGUGGCUUACAGUAGCACAUGCUAGCGCUAGCAUGCUAGCUCGUUCUCAACACACACUAGUUCACCAUAAUCUGCAAAAGAACCACUACCAUGUCCCUGUUCUGCAGGUAUUCCACAAGUGCGCCCUCGUUUAGAAGAAGUCUCCCAGCUAAUCCUGCCUUGUACUGCGCACAGUUGGAGGAAGUUAUCUAGCUGUGAUCUUCCUUUAGCUACUGUGCAUGUGCAACAAAGAUAGUAUAGAAGUGGGAUGUCUCACUCUGUAGCUAAAACAAAGACCUUAACACACAGGGUGAAAGCAGGACCUGCAACAAUAUGCGGUACAACAAACAUAUGGUGUUUUUUUGAAAAUAAAACCAUGUAAACCUAUUCUGGUACAACCUCAAAAUACAAUUUAUGAAUCUGAAAAUGAGCAUAAUAUGAGCGACUUAAGAUUCAAGGCCACUAGGUUUUUGUUCCAUUCUGUACCUUGUGCUGGAGCCCAUGUUUUUUGAUAUAAUUGUGAUAUAAUAAAAACCCUUUUGUUAGGAAAUAAUAGGCAGAAGGACAAGUGGACCUUGAAACAAGAGGGCUGUGUUGUUUGUGUUGUUGCAUAGAACCCCAGUGUAAGGAAUAUCUCUUUAUUUUUUAUUUUUUUUUAAAUAUGUUUGCCUUUUUUUUUAGAUUUCUAACUUAAAUGAGUUUAACUUCCAAUAUAUUUACUGAAUUUGCCUCUAGUGGUCCUUUUGUCUGUUAAAUUAUACAUGUUUGAGUACAUGAUCAAGUUAAAUACUAUAAGUAUGAUCUUGAUUUUCAUUGUUUAUUUCUUGUGAAAUAUAAAGUAUCAAAUAUGUUAUGCUUCUUACUGUGAAAGCCCUUAAAGUAAACUUCCCUUAUUUAAGAUCAAUGAAAUGUAUAUAAUAAACAUCUCAGUGCCUUUAUUACUAUGUUAAUGAUGUCUGCUGUGUGAUUUUUAGACAUAUGUGGGGACAUAAAUACCAGGGAUUUGCAUUGUUUUUUUGUUAAGACUUUUAUUUUAUUGUGUCUUGUUGUUUUGUGUUUGUUCCACCUUUUCUAUGUAAAUAUGUACAACUUAAAUGUGUUAUCAACCAGCAGCGCAGUCAGCACAUUCAGUGUUUCUUUCACUAACUGGCAUGGAUACCGUUUAAAGGUACCUGGACAAUAAAUACAUGCAAUAAACCAGCGCUCGACUUCUGA